AUGACCAAAAAGGAACAAAAGAAUGACGAAGAUUUUGAAGAGAAACCUAGCACGAAACGUAGGAAGGUAAAGCAGAAUGAAUUGCCAAAUAAAGGUGAUCCACUUCAAAUUGGAUCUCCUAAAGGACAAGAAGAUGCAGUUACAGAAUUCCUCGUUUUCCAGAAACCAAAAAAUAAACGACCCAAGAAAAAUGCAACAGUAUCUGCAGAUGCAUCAAAACGCCCCAAACGUUCGAUUGUAUGGAAAUUUUUUGAGAAAAAGCCCAAUUCAAAGUAUGCCCAAUGCCGAAUUAAGGGAUGCCAAAUGGAAAUUGCCUGUUCAACAAAUACUACUAAUUGUCUAGACCACUUGAAGCGACAUCAUAAGAGAGCUCUUUAUUCCGAUGCGGAUGAAAUUCAAAUAGAAGUUCAGGAUCCAAGUUCAGCCAUUGCAGGGAUUGAGGAGCAUUCGGAUCAUCCGGAAGAACCGGAGGAAGUGUACUGCAUGGAAGUACUUGAGGAUGAGAUGAUAGCUUCGGAGAAUUCGCAUUCAUUUGAGGGGAAGAAAGCAAAGAAGAGACCAUCAAACAGUCAUUCGUCGUCGUUCCAGCAGAAGAAGCCAAACAUGCAGCAAGAUCACCACAACGACUCCCGGGGACAUUUUGACUUUUCCCAUCCAGUGGAUGUUUUCUUUGCCUCAAUGGCUGCAACGGUGAAGAGUAUGCCACCUGAGAAAAUUGUGGCAAUCAAGCAGAAAAUCUCCGGCAUUGUCUUCGAGGAGGAACUGCAGCAGUUACGAAAUGAGAAUAUUCAGUAUAUUUAUGAGUAAAUUAUGACUUGUAAUUUGUAGUAAAAUUUGACGCUCUGAAGGGAAAAUCUUUUGAUUUUUUUUUCAAAGAUUUUUUCAAUUUUGUCAAAAAUUUUAAUAUUUUUUCAAUUUCUAGAAAAAAAAGUUAAAAAAAGACAUUUUUGUAAGAUUUAUACUUAAGAAUUUUCGAUUUUCUUUAGAAUUUGAGUCUCUGAUUUAAUAAAAAAUAAAAACAGAAAAAAUUAUUUUUUAAAAGAAUUUAUUCCCAUAAUAUCGGCUGAUUUUUUUUCAAUUAUUCGUUAUUAGUUUUUAACAUUUUUUCGUCUUACAUAAAGAAAAUUUUCUUAAACAUUAGAGAACACUUCAAUGGUGUGUAAAAAGUUCAAUUAUUGAAAAUAAAACAUUGAAAAAUUUGAAAAAAAAA